CCUCAACCUAUGCCGUCUCCAAAUAACUGCGACUCUGUAGGAAACUUGAAAGAACAGUUGUUCUUAUACAAGUGCGAAAUCGCAACGCUACGUUCUCAAAACACCUUACUACGCUCUCAACUAUCCUCAAUGGAAAAAAACGCAAACCAACUUUGGAACGAUCUCUUUGACGGGGCACGGAAAACGAGCUUCUUCAAACGCGAAGCUACCGCACUAGCCAUGAAAGUUCGGUUUCUAGAACAGCUUUUGAGUAACGCGGUGGAUUCUGGACCAUCAUUGAAUCGUGAUAUUCUGGAACGGUCGGCGAGAGAGCUGCAUGAUGAAUUAGAACAAGGAGGAUUGGAAGAUGAGGAUAUCGUGGCGGGUCUGGACUCUCAGCCCAAGUCGAACGUUUGUAACGACAAGGCUUCACUCAAACCUUCCCAGUCGACAAACAUUCGCCCUUAUGUUCCCAGUUUUUUGAAACCGAUUGCAAUAGCCACCACGACAAUAGAGGCGAUUGGAAGGAACCGGCCGGUCCAGAAUAAUUGUUCCUUGUCGCAUCCCGAUGAUACUUGUUUCUCUGAUGGUCCAACUGCGGAACAAAUAAAAGCACUCUUGUCCUUCAAACGUCUAAUCGCACCUCUUAGUACUGACCUAGGUUCUCUGGAGACGUCUAGCGUAGGAUCCCUUUCUAUCUACAGUCGUGAAUCGUCCGACAUGUCAGAUUCCUACGGGUCCGUUCCCGCGAAAGACGCAGACGCUACCUUGGUCGAAGUCUCACCCUCGCAGUUAUGCAAGUCUAGCACAACCUUUCCAGAAAACAUGGUACCUUCUAUUAAUCCAAAAUCUCGCAUUCCUGUGAACAUUCUAAAGCACUCUCGAAAGUCGUUGACUUCGUUGAAUUUUCCACAAACAUGUUCACCCUCUAAACCCAAACUAUCCCGCCCAACUGCCUCGACGACAUUAAGCAGCGCUCCAGUCACUCAGGAGAAAGAUCGAACUUCAAUCACCCGUCAAAGGCCGUCUUCUCGCUUGGCGAAGACGAAGACGGCCACCCCCCCACUUCACCCAAACAGUUUCAAGCGUUCUCAGCGACCCAAGUCACCUUCUGCCGGAAGGAAUCUAAGGGCUACACGUACCGGAGCUAUUCAGGCGAACAGAAUUCCGUCAACGACUACACCGCAAUCAAGGAGAGGGUGACCAAACGAGAGGAAA